CAAAGGACCGGCCCCCACGCCGCCACACUAAACACAGACCAUCAUGCCUCAUCCCGAUGGUUACUGGACGUUAUAGCGGCUCGGCGAGAAGUAGCCCGACUUCGAUUGGAAUAGUGUGCGCUUGUCAAACAACAGAAAACAACAAAUUAAAGUGUUUCUACUACUGUAGUGUCUAUCAUGGGCCAAACCAGGACACUGGAGUUUUCUUCAUGUUUCGUAGAGAAUAACUGAGUUGUCAUUGCCUGCUGCUGGCUCGCUGCUUCGCUGCUCUAAACAAGUCGCCCUGUCCAGUCAUCUCUUGUCGGGAGCAGAGGACCCAUCGUCUGGUCGAUCGCACGAAAGGAACCAUUGUGAAUAACAGUUAAUUUUUUAAGACACCCGUAAGCCGAAAAGCGGAAACCAGAGGGGGUUUAGCGGAUUUGUGGUUCAUUCGGAUGUGGAAAUUGCUUCGUUGAGUGACUACAUUUUGGCUGUUUCAGCCCCCGGACCGGGAGACGGAUUGCAGAGCUAUCACCACCACAACCAUACCCAGCGAAAUGGGCUUCUCUGCUCUUUUAUAGACAUUCUUCUGGGGGCUUUGGGUUCGCUGCGCACACCGCUCCUCUGCUCGGGACCUUCUAGAAAUAUCUGAUGUAAAUAGCCCGUAUUCUCAACGAACCAACUGUGGCUGGGAUGUGGCGCACUGCAUAUCGAAUCGGAUAUUUCUAGGAGGACCCGACCGGAGGGUCCAUCACUAAAACCGACCGGAGGGGACCGGUCCGAUGUGGACAGCCUCGACCAUGGCCCCGCACUGAUGUGAGAGUAACUAGAACCUGAGAAGGCCAGGUCAGGGCCCAAGGAGGCCUCUGCAGUCCCCUCUCGGGCCAAACCAGACUGAAGAGCCCUCCAGUAAAUCGUACCCUGGGUCAGGAAUUAGUCUGGCUGGUUUCCGCUGGCUGCUGAUUUCCAGAGCUUCAAGUUCCCUCACAACUGGAUCGGAACAAAAUCGAGUCUUAUCAGGGGACCGGGAGAUAGCUUUUCUCGACCAGAUCUCCAGUUCUCCUUUCCAUGUUAGUCUGUCUCUGGAUGUUGCAGGCAGCAGGAUGGACGUGGGCGUUGAGUGGACAGUUGGUGUCUUUUUGAAGGGCACUCCCCUCCCCUCCUUCGACUGCCCCUCUUCCCUGGUCUCCAAGGGAAAGCCCCUUCCUCUCUCUAGGGGCCAGGCUGCCCCCGAGCAAUACAGAAAAGGGCCCCAUAAAAACUCUAGCUUUUUUGUUGACUGAACAACGUUCUUGCAGACAUACGGUUGGGUCUACCCCCUCGCUGCCAGCAUCGGUCACCUGAUGUUUAUGUGUCCCGCCCCGCCCUUUGGUAUCACAUUGGAAGUUGGAAUUCUCUCUUGAUAAAGAACAACCAUCUGAGAAAGGUUUACACGCGUACACUGUUUACAUAUCGGCGCUUCUCCCCCCCCACUGACAACCUCCUCCGAAAAUGUCUCAGAGCACUAGUGGAAGCAGGGCGGCGAAAGUCCUCCCCCAUACCCCCCCCAGCCCCGGCUCCUCCCCCGACUCCUCCCCCAGACUGUCCCCCCAGACGCCCACUCAGAAUGUGAACGGCUCGGCCAGCUCGGACACGUACGUGGCAGACGCGCCCGGCGGCCAACCCGAGGUGCGACGCCGGCGCCACACCAUGGACCGAGACUCCAAGACGGCGGAGCACCGCUUCUUCCGCCGUAGCGUCAUCUGUGACUCCAACGCCACGGCCUUGGACCUGCCUAGCAAGGCGGCGGUGAUCCUCACCUCCCCCCCGGACUGUGAACACUCCGUCUGCCUCUUCCCCCCCCUGCCCCGCUGGCCUGUGGCGGAAGAGGCUAAGGUGGGCUGGACGCCCGGAGCUCCCUGUUUACAAACGACAGCCCUCGCCGCCCGCCCCGGCGGAGACGCCGCUCAGGCGCUCCCUGCACAGCCGAGCCCCGGUAGUGAUGCUACCACGGCGGGCAUCGGUAUCACCGCGAGUAGCAUUACCGCCGACGCUAGCGCAGCUGACUGUGCCAAAGCAGAGCUGUCCCAGGCCCUGCUGGAUGAGAAGGAUGCUGAGAAACAACCCUGUGUGACAGCGCCCCCGGGAGUAGCGGAGGGGAAGUGCGAGGAGGCCAACAGUGGAAAGGGCCCCGAGGCCGGGGGGGUCGGGAGCGUCAGCAGCCCGCUGGAGGAGGAGCAGGCCAAGGCCCGGGCCGAGGCCAGGGAGGCUGAGAAACGGGUGCAGGACGACAUCGAGGAGGUGGAGACAAAGGCGGUGGGGACCUCGACGGACGGACGCUUCCUGAAGUUUGACAUUGAACUGGGCCGAGGGUCCUUCAAGACGGUGUACAAGGGACUGGAUACGGAGACCACUGUGGAGGUGGCUUGGUGUGAACUACAGGACCGUAAGCUGUCCAAGUCGGAGCGGCAGCGGUUCAAGGAGGAGGCGGGCAUGCUGAAGGGCCUGCAGCACCCCAACAUCGUGCGCUUCUACGACUCCUGGGAGGGGCCCUCCAAGGGCAGGAAGUGCAUCGUCCUGGUGACCGAGCUGAUGACGUCGGGCACGCUUAAAACCUACCUGAAGCGCUUCAAGGUGAUGAAGAUCAAGGUUCUGCGGUCGUGGUGCCGUCAGAUCCUCAAAGGCCUCCACUUCCUGCACACGCGGACCCCCCCUAUCAUCCACCGGGACCUGAAGUGUGACAACAUCUUCAUCACCGGCCCCACGGGCUCCGUGAAGAUCGGGGACCUGGGCCUGGCCACGCUCAAGAGGGCCUCCUUCGCCAAGAGCCUGGAGGAGAGCCCGGGCUCCGGGUCGGGCAGCUCGGGCUCCUACAGCCGGCUGCAGCCCGUGACCGAGGAGCUGUACUCGUACACCAGCCCCGAGCUGCCCCUGCCCCCGGGGAGCCUGCUCCUGCACCACGGGGGCGCCGCCCGGGACAGGAGCCCCGAGCCGUCCAGCGACUCGGUGGCCUCCUCGGACGCGGGGGAGUACCAGUCGCCCCCGCCCCCUCCUCUGCCCCCUGUGGCCGACGGCCCCUCCGCCGCCCAGUCCAUCCCCCACCCGUCCUCCUACGACCGGCACCCUGAGGGCAGGGGGCACCCUGAGGGCAGGGGGCCGGCCGAGCUCCAGGGCCACCCGCCCUCCAAGCAGAGCUUCCUCCUCCUCACGCCCUCCUCCGAGCGCCCUGCGGGGGGGGCAGCCUCCACGCCGCUGGGGUCCCUCAUCCAGAGCGCCUGGGUCCGCCACGGGGGCGUGCUACCGGCCCAGCCCGACAUGACGUACCAUGAGUCAAUGCUGGCUCUGCAGGCGGCUAACCCCCCUCUGCAGGCACCGACCCCCGCCCCCCAGCCCUCCCCUGGACAGCCCCCGGCCGCAGCCCCCCCCCAGCCCGCAGCCCCUGGGACCCUGCAACAGACUGCUCCACCAGUUCAGCCCAGCAGCAGUGUGUCAAUGCAGAGCACCUCCCACUCUCCUGCACAGCCUAACGCCACUUCAUCCGCCUCUUCUGCCGUUGCCAUGGCGCCUCUUCCUGCUCCGUUGCCCACCCUUCCUGUUGCCAUGCCCACAGGGGGGGUCGCCUCCCCUCCCAGCACUCUUCCACUUCCUAUUGUCGGGGGGCCGGCUCUAGCUCCCCCUCCUCCUCCUCCUCCUGUGUCCGCCCCCAAAGGGCCUCAGCCAUUGGCCAGUGUGGUGCCCGUCAUCAGCGUUGUCCCCGCCCCUCCUGACCCUCCCGCGGAGGCCCCUCUCACGGAGGCCCCUCCCCAGCCUGCCUCUCAGAAUCCUGAGCAGUCCCAAUUUCAACUUCAACCAACUCAAGUGCAGCAGUCAUCUGUGGAGAGUGGCUACUCGGAGGCGUCCGGUCUGAGCGAUGGGAACGAGGGCGGCGGCGGCGGCGGCGGUGGCGGUGGUGGCGGCGGCGGCGGCGGCGGCGGCGGCGGGCGUGACGAGGGCCGCUCGCUGAAGCGCCAUCAGCGGCGCUCGGUGCGGAGCCGCUCGCGCCACGAGAAGACGGGCAAGGCCAAGCUCAACGUCCUCAACAUCUCUAACCUGGGAGACAGGGUGGCAGAGUGCCAGCUGGAGACACACAACAGAAAGAUGGUGACCUUCAAGUUUGACCUUGACGGGGACAACCCAGAGGAGAUAGCGAAGAUCAUGGUCCUGAGUGAGUUCAUCCUGGAGAGCGAGAGGGAGUCGUUCAUUGAGCAGGUCAGAGAGGUGAUAGAGAACGCAGACGAGAAAGGUCUAGAACGAGAAAACAGUCACCAGGCGCCAGGAGACCCAGAGAUGCAGAUGUCCGUCCCCAUGCCAGACACGCCAGCUAGUGCAACAACCCAGGUGGUCCAUUCAGCGGGUCGCAGGUUCAUUAUCAGUCCUGUACCUGAGUCCAGGCUGAAGGAACUAGCACCCAGCUCCCCGCCCCCCUCCACGCCUACAUCCUCCUCAGAGACAGCUUCUACGGCCCCGUCUCCAUCUCCAGCCCAGGGCUCCGGUUUGUCCCAGUCCGCCGGGGCCAUCACCCUACAAAAGGCCUUCUCAGAGCUGAGGCAGAACCAGUACGAUCCGGGCCCCAGCACCGCACCGGCCUCACUGCCCUCCACCAAGCCCUCCUUACAGCCUGCCUCUGUCCCCGCGCCUCAGGCAGCAGGACCCAGUGGAUCCACAGCGGGUUCCCAGGACAGGCCCCGCGAUGCUCCGGGGCCCCAAGCAGAGCAGCAUCCGUUAAAUACCCCUCUGCCCCAGCCCCCCUCCUCCUCUUCCUCUGCGCCCCCAGUCUGCCCCACACCCAGCGCCUCCUCAUCUGCCUCUCCCCUCCCCGUCUCCGGUCCAUCCCUCGUCACGCCGGCACAGGGAGCCACACCACAGUCAGCUCAGACCACACCCCAGGGUCUGCAGCAGCUCCCGGCCCAAGCACUAAUCCAGCCCCAGGCUUUGGCCCAGGCCCGGGGGGCCGCCUCGGAGACCAACCCCGAGGGUUCUGCUGCGUUGUGUGCCGCUCCUGUCCCCUCGUCCUCCCCCCCCCCCCCACCCCCGGGCGUCCAGCCCCCGGGCGUCCAGCCCCCGGGCGCCGCUGUGCCUGGGCACGCCCACACCCACGGGGAGCCGUGUGACGCCAGGUGUGAGGCGGCCGUGGACCCCCAGGGCAAGGUGGACGACAUCCACACGCUGGACAAGAAGCUCCGCUCCCUGUUCAGCGACCUGGGCGGGGCCGCCCCGGCAGCCCAGGGGGAGCUCCCGGCCGGAGACCCCGCGGCGGGGGCCCCCCUGGGGGCCCCGGCCGCACCCGGGGGCCCCUUCUCUACCUCCACGACCUCCGUGACCUCGCCGACCUCUGGCCAGUCGGCCGGUGCGCCGGUGCCCCCCCCCAGCCUAGCCUUGGCCGCUGGGGGGCCGUCAACCACGGCCCAGGGUCCUGGAACUCCGACCACCGCCCCCGCCCAGACCAGUAUGCCUGCUGCAACCUAUGGCCCGACCACUCCAUCCAAAACCCCUCUGUCCAGAGUCUCGUCCCAGCAGCCUCUGGAGGACCUGGACGCCCAGCUCAGGAGAGCUCUGAGCCCGGAGACCGUGAGCACACACACACAGGCUUCUCUCACCGGCAUGUCUUCCGGAGGACAACCAAGUCCCUUCCCCUCUGAGGGAGAGGAGGGAGAGAUCACCCUCAUCCCUCCUGCUGCGAUCAAACUGGGAAGAUUCCAGGUCUCCUUGGCUCCCGACGAGACUCCCUUAAGAUACCCACCCUGCCCAGAGUCCUCCUCCACCAGCUCCUCCUCCUCCUCCUCCUCCUCCACCUCCUCCUCCUCCACCUCCUCCCCUGGCUGCAGCCCGGAGAGCACCCUGCACCAGGCCUCCUCCACCCCGCUGAGGAGGGCCGUCCCGCGGGGGGAUGUGGUGGACGGGCUCCCCUCCCCCAUUGCCCAUCGGACUGCCGGAGGCUCUCUCCCUCCCUGCCCCGUGGCCUCCCCCCUGCCCUGCACCACCAUCGGUCGGUUCCAGGUCACCGCUGCUCCCCAGCCCGGGGUAGGGCCGCUCCCAGCCGGCGGUGCCCAGGAGCAGAGCUCUGCGGUCGGGCACGACCCAGCACCCGUUGCCCAGGCUACCAACGGGCCUUGUGGACCGGACCAGAGCAGUCCUGCUGAGCUUAGUCCAGACCUGACGCAGCGUCAGUCCUCCCUGCACAGCCUCAACAACAACUCCUUCAACAACUCCUACGUCAGCAGCGACAACGACUCAGAGUUUGAGGACGAUGAGUUCAAGCAGCAAAUCCACCGGCUCAGAGAGAAGCACAUGCGUGAGAUCCAAGCCUUGCAAAGUCGCCAGAAGGAGGAGAUAGACGGCCUCUUUACAAGACUGGGAAAGGUCCCUCCCACUGCAGUGUUCUCCCCAGUGGCCUUGGCCAGUAGGCGGAGACGUACCAAGAGCAAGUCAUCCAGGUCCUCCCGAAACACCUCCACCCACGGCAGUAGGAGUCCUCUGCAGCCAGGCAGCACUUUAUCCGCCCAGAGUGUCCCCAGCGUGUUCCCCGGCCGGCUGGCCCUGCUGACCCCCGCGGGGCUUGCCGACUCAGGCAGCAGCUCCCUGGUCCAGCCCCUGAAGCCCUCUCCCUCCAGUGACAACCUGUACUCGGCCUACACCAGUGACGGGGCCAUCUCCGUGCCCAGCCUGUGUGCUCCCACCCCAGGCUGUGUAAAGUUCAGCUGGGGUUCGGAGCGUCUGGCCUUCAAGCCUGGUGGCAGACGGACGCGCUUUCUGAGGAAGAUGGUGAAAAAAGUCUGCCCCUGCAACCAGCUCUGCAGGACCAGCAGCACCAACGCGGUGGGCGGCCUGGGCCAGAGCCAGAGUGGUUCCCAGUCCCUGCCGGCCAGCAUGUCAGCCGCCACCCACCAACGCAAAGGCACCUUCACGGACGAUCUCCACAAGCUGGUGGACAACUGGGCCCGCGACGCCAUGAACCUCUCCCAGGGCAAGAGGAGCACCAAACAGCCACCGGCCCCCCCUCCGACACACAGCUACGAUGUCAACCAGUCCGCCCACCUGACCAGGAAGUACUCGGCUCCUGGCCAAUUGUGCGGCAGCAGCAUGGGAGGCUCCGCCCACACCCCCACGUCCCUGGCCAGCCGCAAGAGCUCUCUGUGCCCCCCCCCUCCCCCCGCCUCGGGCACCCCUCCGCCCCCCACCUUCCCCCCCCGCCCCCCCGCGGCCUACAGCGCCCAGUGGUCCGGGCCGGCCCCCAGAGCCCCGCCGCAGCCCGUGCCCCUCCUGGUCAGCGCCUCCCAGCCGCUGGGCCCCUACCCCCCCACGGCGCCCGGCCACACCCCCCAGGGCUUCCACCCGGCCGCCCCCCUGCAGAAGUCGCUCAGCACCCCCGGGGGGCCCAACCUGAGGACCACAUGAGGCCGGGGG